CUGACAAAUACGCGCAAUCGCCACUAUUGGACAUAAAUUUACCACCACCCGUCAUAUUACCUUACACUCAGCUAAUCUUACUUUAUACCUCUGUCAUCAGUAUUGACCUUGUCUUGUUACGAAACGACAAACGACUACCUCUAUCUCCGACACAACUACGCCUUGUUCUUGCAUGCAUCCAUGCUAUUUUACCCUUGAUAUUCGUAUCACCCAAUAGACCACUCAACGUUUUAUACGCAGCCAUGCCAUGGUUUGUUGUUUCCUAUUCUGCUCAUAUGCCAACAGACCAACUUACACCCGUAGCAUGGAUAGAUGCCUUGAUAAAGAUCAUGGUAGAACCCAAUGAUAAUCAUACCAGUAGAAUCAGGUGUCGGGGUGCAGCCACUUCCUGCCUAGGCAUCCUCAAAUGGUCGUUCAUGCAUCUGUUUAUUGACCCCCUAUUGCCUCACAGAACACUAUUUGCAUUGUAUUAUCCGUGGCUUCAUCCUAUGAGCUUGAUUUACGUGAUACUGUAUGGUGUCAAAGCCUAUUGUUUGCUUGGUAUAGUUGAUGUCUUUAUGGGACUAGAACAGAUUGUCACGGGAUGGAAUAUGGUUCAACUAUUCAAUUCUCCCAUCCUUGCUACAAGUCCCAGAGAUUUUUGGAGUCGACGAUGGAAUAGAGCCGUGCGCAACUUGUUACAUAAGCAAGUCUUUUUGCCUGAAAAGCAUAUACCUGCCAAAAGACAGGAGCUACAACGAAAAUCAUCCUCUAGAAAAAACAGCAUGGACGAAGAACAAGAGGUCUUUGUUGUCGUCGAAAGGACACAUAGAAAACACGAUCAUAAAUCAAAGCACAUUAACAAACACGCAUCCAAUAGGCUCAAAUCCUUUUGUUCUUCAAAAUACGGACGCGGUCUUCUUGUAUUCAUCAUCAGUGGGGCCUUUCAUGAAGUCAUCAUCAUGAGUACCUGCAGAAAAUUGACCUUGGAGAACUUUGCAUUCUUUACGAUCCAAGGCAUCGCAGUAUCGCUUGAAGCGGCGUUACGUCAAGGAAAGCUCAAGCAAGAACCUGAAGGAAGAACACGGAUCGUAUGUAUAGCAGCACAGCUCUGUUUCAUGGCACUCACAGGCAGGUUAUUCCUCGGUCCGUUCCUUCGGUAUGAAUUUCUAGACUAAACUUUAUAGAAUAAAAUUGCGCUUUUUAUUAUUUAAUCCAAACGGGCAUGGAAAGCAUACACAGUUUUGGCGGUAUAGGUUGCAUCCUUUUGAAGCAAAACCGC